AUGGAAGGUCAACAGAGAUCGAGUAAGAUGCCGAAGGCAGCAUACUUUCUGAUUGUUACCAAAUCGUUAACAGCUUUUCAAGUAAUGGUUACCAAUUCUGUAAUGAAAACUUUCAUGGUGAACAAACUGGAAUUCACAACAGGUGAGACCACUUCUAUAAUCAGAUGGCGCAGAUCGAUUAUAUAUUGGUUGUACCUGUUUGGUUCAUUGAUCGCCGAAAACUAUCCUAAUAAAUUCCACAUCGUUAUUGUAGAAUGCGUUGGAGCAAUUGCAGCUGUUUCUUUAUUGGCAUUCAUCUCGGCGCCAGUUGUACGACACAUCGGCAAGGAAUUGUAUUUUGUCAGAUUAGCAGUCACUUUUGUGUUUUUGUUUGCUAUAAAUACAGUUGUGUCAGCAUUCGAAGGAAACCAAUUCAAACUUCCGGAAGAGACCGACGCCUUUAUGAAGUUUUUCAGAUAUACCUAUGUGAUCGGCAACUUUGUGGUAGUUUUCGGAAAUUUUUUGGGACCUUUUCUGAAAACACACGUCACUUGUUUGGGCGAACAGGAUUGCUACAUGCUAGCAUUUAGUGUCAGUCUGAUUGCUGUGUUUGUUAUUUUACCUGUUUACCUGGCUGGAUCUAAAUUUUUUAUCAUAACCAAACCAUCACGCCGGAUUGCCCAAUUGAUUGCUGGUUGUAUGUGGUACGGAUUCACCCAUUGGUUGAAGGAGAGAAAGUCUAACCCAAAACCAAAUUGGUUGGAUCAUGCUGAACCAAAGUAUGGAGCACAGCUGGUUUUGGAUAUAAGAACAGUGUUGAAUAUGAUGAUGAUAUUUUGCUGUGUCCCUCUUUAUAAGGGUGUUUCCAAUAUGUCCCAAGACGAAUGGUUGUUUCAAGCGAGCAGAAUGGACACACAAUUUGGAUCGUACACUUUUAUAAUAGAACAUUUUGAACUAGUGAAUCCACUUUUGGCUGCCGUUAUGUUACCUCUUUGUCAAUACGUUGUGGAUCCUUUGCUGGUUAAGUUCAAAUUGGAUAGAACUUUUAGGAAAAUGAUAUUCGGCGGUAUGAUGGUAGCGAUCGCCUUUUGGAUCUCCGGGUUCAUCGAAACACGCAUCAAGAUGAAUUUACCAGAAUUGCCGAAUGGGGAAGAAGUGCAGGUGAGGAUAUUCAACGGAUUCAACUGUCCAGUUGCAAUUGAUGCAUCGAGUAUUGAUCCUCAUACUUUUGUCUUGAGUCCUCGUGGAAUGUACACAAAUAAACACGUCCCUUCGGCAUCCUAUCAGUCAAUAGCGAUUUCUAUGAAGGGAACAUGCUUUGCACCUACAAGCAAAACAAUAAACGCCGAAGCCGGUACAUCAGUAUCAAUAUUGCUUAAGAAUGAAGAUGGACAGGCUGUUAUCGUAUCCUACGAAGAAAGAUUGAAAAAAUCUGAAGCUGGCGAGCCUAUUAUCACAGUCGCAGGUGCUAGAUUGAUGGACAGUGUCAUUAUCAAGGAUUCUAAAGGAGUGGAAGUGGCGAUGGCUCCAACACCGACUUUUAUUGCCGGCGAAUCGGUUAUAGCCGAUGGCAUCAGAUUGAAACAAGUUGUUGUAGAAAAGUACGAAUUGUUACUGAACGGCAUCAGCAUCAAGAAGUUCGACAUGUACCAGGGCGGUGUUUACUUGGCUACAAUAUCUGGCAACACUGCCGACUUUUACGAAAUCACAGAACCCAACGUUGUCCAUAUAUCGUGGAUGUUGCCGCAGAGCAUUUUGCUAAUUUUUGGCGAAAUUUACUUUACUCUUACCUUGGCGCAGUUCACGUAUACCGAGGCUCCUGGUUCCUGCAAAGUGUUAGUGAUGGCUUUGCAACUUGCAAUGGACUCUUGGGGCGAAAUGUUUGUCGACACUGUUCUUCGUAUUGAGGGACUUGAUCAUGAUCACAAAUUGUAUAUUGAAGCGACUUGUCUUGCUAUCAGCAUGGUGAUUUUCGGAUUUGUAGGCAAGUUCUUUAAACCACUGGCUACGAACAAUGUGCUUAUCUGA